CUCGCCCGUGUUGUGUGUGUGAGUGCGUGUGAGUGAGUGAGUGAGUGAGAGAGCGAGUGAGUGAGUGAGUGAGUGUGUGGGGGGGGGACUCGGCUUGUUGUUGUCAGUGACUUCCCCCUCCCCUCUACCCCCCCUUCCCUGCCGCCGCUGCAGUGGCCGCUCCCUGGGCCGUAGGAAAUGAGCGAUAACGAUGACAUCGAGGUGGAGAGCGACGAAGAGCAACCGAGGUUUCAAUCUGCGGCUGACAAACGGGCUCAUCAUAAUGCACUGGAACGAAAACGUAGGGACCACAUCAAAGACAGCUUUCACAGUUUGCGGGACUCUGUCCCAUCACUCCAAGGAGAAAAGGCAUCCCGGGCCCAAAUCCUAGACAAAGCCACAGAGUAUAUCCAGUAUAUGCGAAGGAAAAACCACACACACCAGCAAGAUAUUGAUGACCUCAAGCGGCAGAAUGCUCUUCUGGAGCAGCAAGUCCGUGCACUGGAGAAGGCGAGGUCAAGUGCCCAACUGCAGACCAACUACCCCUCCUCAGACAACAGCCUCUACACCAACGCCAAGGGCAGCACCAUCUCUGCCUUCGAUGGCGGCUCGGACUCCAGCUCGGAGUCAGAGCCUGAAGAGCCCCCGAGCAGGAAGAAGCUCCGCCUGGAGGCCAGCUGAGCCCCCGGGGCAGGCCAGCAAUAAAAACUGUCUGUCUCCUCCGUCGUCACACCCUCCUUUCAGUUCAUCCUUAGAACCCUCAGAACCGUUUAAGAGACUUUGUUUUUUUCCUCUUUCUCUUUUGUUUUAAUUUUAUUUUUACAUAGAAGCUCUUGGACAACAGCUCUCAUUCUCCUUCCCCAUUUCCACUCUUUUCAUUGUAACGUUUCCCUGCAGGGAUUCCCUGUCCCCACCAGGAAUUUUUAAACCAAAACACCCCAACUUGGCAGCUUUUUCUGUGGAGGACAGACGGCCGGCCGGACCUCUGAGCACACAAUGUCCUGACCACCACCAGCUCCUCCAGCCCUUUGGGCACACGCCCGGAGGCCUCCUACCCCUUCUGGGCCUCUCCUCCCAGGCCACCCUCACCUCUGUCUGACAGACUCUGUGAAUCUGUGGACUGCUCUGCUUUAAGAAGAUGACUGGUAUGGAGUAAUCAGAAUUACCCCCUGCCCCAACCCCUUCUUUUUAAGGAAUUUUUUUUCUAAAAAGCUAUUUAUCGCUCCUAUUCAAAGACCAGAUCCUUGAAGAAGUCUGUGGUAUAAGAGGAAGUGGAGACAGAUUGGCAGUGCAGGGCCUUUAGCCUGCUUCACUCCUGCUUCUCUCAUCCAGCCUUAGGGAGGGCCAUGUGACACCCGUGCAGCAUGGGGGGACAGCAGCAGUGACGCAGUGGCCCCCAGGGGGCAGGAGGGACAGGGAGGGAGGAUCGGGUGGGUAGAGGUUUUGUAUUGAGGGCCAGUGAUGAUGUUUUGAUAUUUAUUUCCUGCUACUGAAAUUUAAGUUUGAGUGAAUUGUCCCUCUUCCUGAUGAUGUCGGUAUUACAGAGCAACAGAUUCAUAAAGUAAUGAUCAAAUCUUUUCUUUCCAUGUGUAUUUCUAAGAAAUAGAGCCAACUGAUUUUGUAUGUAAAUACCAAGAGCAAUUUACCUGGUACUAAACCCGCACCCCAGUGCGGACGCUUCCCUACCCCUUUCCAACUGUCCUGGCACCUGUCCCCAUUGUGUGAUCCAGCCCUGGUUCUGGCUGCGGUCAGCAGAUCCCAGUGAAGGGUUUUGUGUGUUUAGGCCUUAUUUCUUUGUCUUUUUCCUAGUCCGUUCCUGGCAUUUGCUGAUUUCUAGAGUAUACUCUGUAGUCUCAGUCUGUGUUUGAUUCCAUUCCAUGGAAAUAAAAAGUAUGUUGUACAUACUGCCGAAGAAUUGUCUUGCAAGUUAAGGCUUCCCCCUUUACUAUAAGACUAUAAAUAAAAACUUAUUUUAUCCUU